AGCCCAGAUUCACAAACGGAAGAAUUGCCUGGUGAACUUUUCGAUACCGUCACGGUCCAGGGCCGCGAGUACCAGAAGUAUUCAAUCGAUAACCGGAUAUAUUUCGGACCAGUGGACGAUGAGGAGGCCCAACGCCUUGAUCAGCAGCAACUUGUCUUCCAUCGUAUCUUCGACCACCGACUGAUCUUUCCACCCAUCCGACAUCUGCGAAGAGUCUUGGACUGUGGCCAUGGGUCUGCACGCUGGGCUGUAGAAGUUGCCGAGCAGCAUCCAGAUUGUCAAGUCAUUGGCGUAGACAUUGCCCCGCACAUGAACCCAGACGAUGUGCCCGAAAAUCUGUGGCUCCAGGUCGAUGACUUGAACCGACCUUUUACAUUCCCGGCGAAUCAUUUUGACCUUGUCCACUCUCAACUCCUCGCGACCGGCAUUAAUCGUAGCCGAUGGCCAGCCUACCUUAACGAUAUUGUCAGGGUGCUGAGACCAGGAGGUUGGGUUCAGAUGGUCGAAAUUUACUUCAACGCACAGUCUGACAACGGCUCGCUCACGGAUCAACAUGCCUUGAGGAGAUGGAGUACUCAGUACAUGCGGGCGUUGGAAGACAGAAAGGACUUGCGAGUAGCAUCGAAGCUGCGAAGUCAUUUCCUGAGUUCGGGGUUGGUGGAGGUCGAUAGCAAGAUGAUUCAACUGCCUUUGUCGGGAUGGUCAAACGAUCCCAGAAUGCGAGCCAUCGGGCAGACCACCAGUGACAAUAUUGAGGAACUGCUCCGAUCCUUAGCACUGUACCCUCUCACACAACGAUUGCACAUGUCGGCGCAGAAUUUUGAUUUGCUGGUGGAACAAGCGCAGAACGAGGCAAGAGAUCUGACCCUCAAAGCAUAUUUCCCCUUCACAGAUACGUUUGCAUCGGGCGAAAGCCGGCAUGAAGAGGCAAAUCGGCUCUCAUAUCUGCGUGUACAGCCGCCACAGGUGUAG